UUCUUAGUCGUGGAGUACCAAAUUUUCAUUUAAGAAUUUUUUUCCUGAAAAAUCAAUAAUAUUUUUUUUUUAAGAAUCGCUGAACAAAUCACCACAAUGAAUUUCGCCGAUUCAGCUUCAGCCAUGAAGAAUUUGCUCGGUUCGGAAGGCGAUUCCCAAAGAACUCUGUACCCAUAUGUUACUGGGACCUCAGUUGUUGCCAUCAAGUACAAAGAUGGCAUUCUCAUAGCUGCUGACAUGGGAGGUUCGUAUGGUUCUACUCUUCGCUACAAAACCGUGGAGCGAUUGAAGCCAGUGGGAAAACAUUCGGUUAUCGGUGCCAGUGGUGAGAUAAGUGAUUUUCAGGAGAUAAUGCGCUAUCUUGAUGAACUUAUCUUGUACGAUAACAUGUGGGAUGAUGGUAACUCGUUGGGUCCUAAAGAGGUUCAUAACUAUCUGACUCGUGUGAUGUACAACCGCCGUAAUAAGUUCAACCCACUGUGGAACUCUCUCGUACUUGGCGGUGUUAAAAACGGGCAGAAAUAUCUUGGAACUGUUAGCAUGAUUGGUGUGCAAUAUGAGGAUAGCCAUGUUGCAACUGGAUUCGGUAACCACCUGGCUAGGCCUAUUCUUCGCGAUGAAUGGCACGAGAAUUUGACUUAUGAAGAAGGCGUUAAACUACUCGAGAAGUGCAUGCGUGUGCUUCUCUACCGUGAUAGAUCUGCUGUCAAUAAACUCCAGAUUGCAAAAAUCACGGAGGAAGGCUUCACAAUUUCUCAGCCAUACUCGUUGAAGACUUUCUGGGAUUUUGCGGCUUUCAAAAAUCCAACAGUUGGUGCCGAGGGUUCAUGGUAGUGAUUCCAUCACUAGUCCUGGAAUUUAACAUGUUAAUUCCGGUUAUUUACGGUUUAGUGAGAAUUUGAACUGCAUCUCGUUGCUACAUCUGUAUUUGUGUUUUUUACGUUGGGCACUUCCUUUAAAACUGACGAAAAAUGUGUAAACUGUGGUUUCACUUGUAUGGUUCAGCUGGAUAUUCAUUUCUAUGGUGUUUUUUCGUAGCGUA